AUGAUGGAUCAGCUGAAUGAGACCUAUAGACAAUUGCAAGAGAGGCCAAUAGACUAUACUAGUAAACUUCCGCCGAAACUAGAGCGUCGCUAUAUUGUGGCGGGAGGUUCGGUAAGGCUUGCGGGUGGUUUCGUCGUGCUUCAGCUUCUAGCUCGUGGUAACCUACCGGAGAGUAUUCGAAUUAUUGACAUUCGGAAGACCGAGCGCAAUGACAUGCGUUCCGGACGGGCUACAGAGAUCGAAUCUGUACAGAUAUCACAUCAUCCGAUCCUGUCGAUGCUGCUUUUGCACCUUCGGAACGGUCUAUGUAAAUUUCAGUAUACAUUUCCGGAAGCCGUCAACGUGAUAGGGACAAAGAACGGGCUAGUAGCCGCCCGCAGAACCGGUGUGGAUAUUUUUAGCUCCACAUCACCCGGGUCCAUAUCCAUUCGUCCUGUCGAAACGUUUGUACUCCCAUGGGCAAGCUCGCCACGAAAAUUUUGGCACAUUCUUGAUGUAGGCGACUUCAAUGCGCCUCUAAGAGGACGCGAGGGAUACUUCGCUAAUUACCCUGCUUCGAAAGCUGUUUCAGAAAAAGUUGUCUGUGGUUCGAAUAACGAGAACCUUCGCACCGGUUGCGUUCGUCCUGCAAAUGGCGUCUACGGACACCCGACAGAUAAUACCGUCGGGGACCCUCUUGGCAGAACUGUCUUACCUAGCUUUGUGCACGGCGCGAAUGUACCCAUUACGCACCUACAGCACGAAGCAGCGCUUGCUCGGCCUUGGAUAGAGAGCUUUAGACAGGCGGGCCGUCCAUUCGUAGUAACAGACCCUAACCCACUAAUGUACAGUGAUCUGUAUAACGCGAUCGAAAUUCUCUCAGUGCACCCAUUUCGCAUUAUCGAGGUGCCACCCGUCAUCUAUGCUGAAUUACCUUAUAAGUAUCCGCUUUUACGCAAAGUACUACCUGAACUUAAAGGUGAUAUCAAACACCUCAAGCCGGGGAUUUUCUCGAUAUGUACUCAUCUAAUCGCAUCGAAUGACGAGAUUAGGAAGCCGGUUUCUCAAGGUGAUUUGGGAUAUACCGGUGUACUCAUUACGCUAGAGAGAAUGUCGUUAGAUAUCCUAGAAUGUAAUAAAGAGCAUGUCGAUGAUGUCAAGAUGAGAAAGGCCUACACAACGUCAGUCUCCCUAGCAGAACAAAUUCAGGAGCUCUAGUUAGUGCGAGGCAGUUCUGUCUCCAGUUGGCAAUGAUAUGCAACCUCACCAAUGCAAUGACAAAUGCGAACAUACGCACUCAUUCCGUCGUUUUGCAUAUUCAAGAUAUUUCCUAUUAUAAUGGUGAAGACAAUUCCGCAUAUCCCAUCUGUGCGGUGGCUCUGCAUGUGUCAAGUUCUGUGAGCAACACCAGCAUUGCUGAUACUGAUUAUGCGCAUAUUGAUCUACCUAGGAGUUAGCUGAAGGUAGGUAGCUAACGCAUAACUUACAGUCCGCAAAUCGCAAGGUUGUUGACGUUUGAAUUGUGCUUGCGAUUAUAUUAUCUGCAUUGUCACAGCAUCCAUUCUCGGAAUAGAUAUUCGAAGAAUUGAUGGCUCCUUAGUGAAAGUAAUCGGCACCGAGGGGUCGUAUGCAAAAUGCAAAAUGCAAAAUGUAAAAGGACUUUUCAUCAUUUCAAUUGGAGGUUUUCGUCAUUUCUUUGUUGGUUUGCCUAAAGUUAGGAGGUAGACAUGGCAUUGCAUUGCAUUGCAUUGCAUGUUUCUGCCUCUUAUGUUACUGGCUUUCUCAAUUGGCCUUUUUUUUUUUUGCUCCGCCCUUUUCUUUAUUAAAUUAAAAUAACUUUCGAUUUGCGGUGGAUAGGUAGAGAUCCAAGAUUCUGUCUAGAUAACCCCGGAUUCGUGAGUCGAUGGGCGAGUUCGCAACCUUUCA